CUCUGCCCCCUGCUUUUGGCUUCUCUCCCUCUCCCUCUCUUUCGCAUUCUCUCUGGGCGCUUUGAUCUCCGCUUAACAACAGUAACGUCACGGGGACCCAUACAGGAGAGUUUUGUUGGAAGUUAGAAAGUUUUGCAGCCUCCAGAGGGCUGUAGCAGCAGUAGCAGCAAGCAGCAUCUAAGGGACUCCUGGAAGGGGAAGAGCCAGAGACUGAGUCAGUCCUUUGAGCAAAGCUGCCUGCAGGAGAAGGAGGCGGCGGCGGCAGCGGCAGACAUGGAACAUCAGCUGCUCUGCUGUGAAGUGGAGACCAUCAGGAGAGCCUACCUAGAUGCCAACCUUAUCAAUGACAGGGUCUUGCAGACUAUGCUGAAAGCAGAAGAGACCUGCUCGCCCUCGGUCUCCUACUUCAAGUGCGUACAGAAGGAGAUCUUACCAUAUAUGAGGAAAAUAGUGGCCACUUGGAUGUUGGAGGUUUGUGAGGAACAGAAAUGCGAAGAGGAGGUUUUCCCUUUGGCUAUGAAUUAUUUGGACAGAUAUCUCUCCUUUGAACCCCUCAAGAAAAGCCGUUUGCAACUUCUAGGAGCUACCUGUAUGUUUGUGGCUUCAAAAAUGAAGGAGACUAUUCCUCUAACUGCAGAAAAAUUGUGCAUUUACACUGACAACUCCAUUAGACCCAACGAAUUACUGCAAAUGGAAUUGCUUCUGGUGAAUAAGCUGAAAUGGAAUCUGGCGGCAAUGACCCCUCAUGAUUUUAUUGAACAUUUUCUAGCUAAAAUGCCUGUGGCAGAGGACAGCAAGCAGAUCAUACGUAAACACGCCCAGACUUUUGUGGCUCUAUGCGCUACAGACGUUAAGUUUAUUUCAAAUCCACCUUCCAUGAUUGCUGCUGGUAGCGUGGUAGCAGCUGUGCAAGGCCUUCACCUUGGAAACACUAAUACUUUCCUCUCUUAUCAAUGUCUCACACAUUUCCUAUCAAAAGUUAUCAGAUGUGAUCCGGAUUGUUUACGAGCGUGCCAGGAACAGAUUGAAUCCCUCCUUGAAUCUAGUCUACGCCAGGCGCAGCAGCACAAUGUAUCUUCAGAAACAAAGACUGUUGAAGAUGAAGCAGACCUUUCCUGCACACCCACUGAUGUUAGAGAUGUGAAUAUUUAAGAGGACUUCAGCAAUUCGGGUUUGCUUUGCAGCAUCAGCAAACAAAGAAAGGGCAUCUGAGAAGGAGUUGGAAUCAGGAUCUUGUCCCCCAGAAACCUGUUUCUCCAGGACUUUUUGUACCAGAAGGGAAAAUGUCAUUCGUUAUUUUCUUCAUUAUUCCUUCCUUCUUUUGUGACUUUUAACAGACAACCCCAGUUCCCCGCCCCCCCAACUGUCUUAAAAAGAAAACCAUAGUAUUUGCAUGAUCUCCAGGGGUUUGCGCUACAAAAAUAGAGGAUUUUAUACAAUAAUAAUCAACUAGUUUUUUAUAUUAAAGUGUUUUUGUCUGUAUGUUGUAAAAAUAGGCAUUAACACAUGGCGCGCGCACACACAAACACACACACAAUGUCUCCAGGGGAGGUAUUAGAUUUGAUUGUUGCAUAUUAAAAAAGCCAACCAUUUUUAAAGUAGAAGAGGGUGUUUUUUUUUUUAGAUAGAUUACGUAUGUUUUGGGGUUUUUUUCCUUUAAAAAGCAUAGCUUUAAUGCAGUUCUAGGCUUUUCUGUAUCUUGCUUGCUUAUGCAUUUAGUCACUUUAUAAUUCAUCUGUAAAUGUUAUUUUAUUCCCUUAGGUUUUAUCCUCUUCACCUUAUAAAUGGUUAAUGUAACCUUUGCGUUAGUAUAUGUUAGCAUACUGCAUAAUUAUAUGUUAAUCUUCUGUGCCUGUGGAUUACCUGUGCAUAAGCCUUCUAGGCUUCCAGCUCACCACAGCCGGGGACAGACCCAACAUCCCAUUCCAGUAAUAAAGAGAAAUCACAGUAGUGACAUAAUAUAUUUUUGUAAGCUUCCUAUUUUUGUAGUUACCUGUGUAAAAAAAAUAUGCUGGUUUUUACCUAAAAGAUACGCAGCCUAAUUAUGUCCAGGUUGAAU